UGCCUCUCUUCCACCUCCACCUCUCCUCGCUCCAUGCUUGCAACGCGCAGCUCGCUCGGCAGCAGCAGCAGCAGCAGUGCGCUGGCGCGUGCGCCGGCCGUCAAGCUGCCGCCGGCCGCGGGUGCCGGCGCGCUGGGCCUGCGCAGCAGCUCCUCCAUGGCGCCGCCCGCCAGCGCUGCCGGUGCGGUCAGCCUGCGCAGCAGCAGCACGACGCCUCUCGCUGGCGGCGCACAGAAGGCCAGUGCGGCACUGCUGCCUGCCGAUGAUGCAGACCUGAAGGCAAAGCCGUUUAAGAGCUAUGAGGGCUUCGUCAAGCGCGUGCUGCAGUCACGGCUGCAGCGCAUCUACGUGCUCGACCUGCUGGCCACACACCUCGUGCUCUGCGCGCUGCUGCUCACCUCGCCCGCCUCGCUGCUGGCGCCAGUGCGCCCGACGCUUGCACUGCUCUCGCUCGCCGUCUUCCUCUUCGCUGUGCUGCCGCUCAUUGUGCUGCGCAAGUGGGCCGUCAGCCGGCCGACCGCACCGCCGGCGCCGCUCAAGGUGCUCGGCUUUUCGCCAGCGCCGGGCAGCCUCACGGCCCACUGCGCUGCUGUGCUGCGAGCACGCGUAUCCUGGCACCGCAUCCUGGCACACACGGCGUCGGGCGUGCUGCUCGCCGCAGCACACGUCGCCGCGCUCUGGCUCUACACGCCAGGUGCGUCAUCGCCGUGGGCGCCCUACACGCACGUCGCCGUCGGUGCAGGAGCGGCCAGCACCGCGGUGCUUCGGCCAAACGAGCGCGUCUUCCUCGUGCUCGCCAUCAACGCCGCUCUCGGCGCCGCGUACUCCGCCGCACGUCUGCUACACGCUGCUCGUGCAGGCCCUCCCUUCGAGCCGGCCUCGCUGCACUACACGCUCGCCGCACGCCUCGGCAUCGCCUUGCGCACGCGGCUACCCGGUGCCGUGGCCUUCGGCGCAGCGCUGCCGUCCGCACUGCUCGCCGUCUACGUGCCGCUGCGUCGGCCGCUCUUCCGCACGCUGCUGCGCAUCAUCGGUCCGCACUCGUCGCUGCGACCGGUGCUCAUCCCCUCGUUCCGCACGCCCUUCGUCAGCGGCGUGCCGGCACUCGCGCUGCACCUCUCCUCCCUCGGCGCCGCCUCGGCCGUCUGCUGGGAGCUGGCGGCGUGCCUCUGGGACACGUACGCCAGUCAGCCGGUGCUGGUGUCGCACUUCGCGCGCGAGCCUACGCGCUGCCUCAUCGCCGGGCUGGCAGCUGGCCAGCCGGACAGCGUCAAGGCCGAUCCGACACAGGCAUACUACGCGCACUUCGCCUUUGCCGAGCUGGCCAGCCUCUGCAGCACGAGCGACGAGCGUCGGGCUGCCAUCUGGCGAGACGUCGGCGACGUCGGUCCGCUGGCGUCUGUGUCGCAGAAGCCGAGCGCAUGGGUCGGCAUCGCAACUGAGUGCAUUCGCGCACUGAAGGAAGAGACCGAGGUGCUGGCGCGGAGAGGUGCACCGCCUGCGGCGCCCGCACAGCCGGCGAAGCCAGCAGAAGCCCAGAAAGGCGGCCUGCCGAAGGCGACGCACAACGUCCUUGUGGCCGACCCGAGCAAGAAGGUCGUCAAGCCUGCACCCACCAGCGUGUGGGACCGCUUGCUGGCGUCGAGCGCACCGGCAGCGCCGCCCGCACCGCAGCCGUCGGCAAGCAGCACCGCGACGGACAGCACGUCGGGCCUCAGCCAGCUGAUGCACCGCAUCGCGCCCAAGCCAGUGGAGCAGGAGCCGACCGCCGCGCCCGCAUCGAGCACUGCGCCGCCCAAGCCGGCCGCGCCGCCGGCCUGCACCUCCUCGGAUGCUGUGCGGCAGGUACUCGUCGCAUGCGGCUCUGCCGCUCAGCGUCUCAAGAGCCUCUUGCCGCCGCCAAUACGCCAGACGCUCGACGCAGUCAUCCCUUCCGGAUCGCUGUCGCCGUCCGACACGCUGGUCCUCGGCACCUUGGCACCGGCCAAGCCCGCAUUGAGUCUCUGGGCGGCACAGGCGGUCACGGGCCUACUCUCUGCCAGUGUCGCCGAGGACGAGUACGGCACGGUGGCGCUUGCGCGUGGGACUGCCGGCGCCGAGGAGGUGCUGCUGGCGUGUGCCAAGCUACUGCUGGAGCUGAACCAGUGGCAUCGCAGCGCCGAGUCUGCGGCGUCGGCGCGCGACGAGGCGGAGAAGAAGGCGCGGGCAGCUGCGGCGCAGUCGGCGUCGGACGGCGGCAAGCUGCCGCAGGCACCGCUGGCCGCUGUGGGAGCGCACAAGGCAGCGCUGGCAGAGGCAUGGAAGCGGGAAGCCCUGCCGCUGGCCAACACGCUGCGCACUGGCAUCCUGCAGGUGCGCGCUGCGUUUGAGCCGCAUGACCUCGGCCUCAGCGCUGCCACGAGAGGCACGCUUGAGCAGGCACUGGUGGGCUAGCCGUGCAAUGAGAAGUAUCAAAGC